AGGUGCGCGCGCGGUUGGUCGAGGAAAUGUUGAAGAAGUAAACAUUGAAUUGUUGAUAUUCAAACUGUUGAAGAUAUAAGAGAUAAUAGGGCAUAUAAUACUAGAAUAGUAGUGGAAUUACUGACAAUAAUCCACUGACCUCACCAACUUCACACCCCAUGGACUCCCUCUCCUCCGCCUUCCCUCCUCCUCCCGCCGCCUACACCUCCUUCACCACCGGCUCCCCCCGUCCACAGCCACCGCCCCUUCCCGGCCCACGCUAUCGUUCGUUCGGGCUCACAUGGAAUACAAAUGACGCCCUUCCGCCCCUCGCAGCCGCCGGCAUCAAAGAACUCUUCACCACCUCCGCCGACGCGUCCGACCCCGCCUACCGCGUCUCUGAGCUCUCGACCCUCACGCGCUCCCUCCUCAUCAAAUACCUCGAACUCCUCGGCGUCAUGUCCACCGCCCCCGAGCUCUUUCCUCCCCUAGUCGAAGACGUCCGCACAAUCCUCCUCAACAUGCACCAUCUCCUCAACGAGUACCGCCCCCACCAGGCCCGCGAAUCGCUUAUCCUGAUGAUGGAAGAACAACUCGAUCGGAAACGCGCGCAGACAGAGGCUACAAAACUCGCCUGCGACCGCAUGGAACUCUUGCUCUCGUCCCUCACCGCGCCUUCUCCGACUGAUGAAAACUCAGACACCACCGCUCCUGAUCCGCUCAAAGAUCAUCAGAUCGACUCCGCUGCUCUCGCUGUCCACUCCGAGUCGCCUGCUGCCUCUGCCCGUCGUGCUGAUCUGCGCAUCUGGGCGGCUCUGUCUUCUCAGCAGUGACCUCCCUUCUACUUCACAUUGUACAUACACACUUGACUUUCAUUCAUCGGCGAUCUGGAGUUCUUCUGCUACCUUCUUCUAUUUGACAAUCGGCAAUAUAUUACAACUAUUCAAACUAUCCUACCCUACCAAAAAAUUUCAUAUACAAUC